AUGACUAAGUCGUCUGCGUUACGGCUACUACUCGCUCACGCUUUCGGCGUCGAUGCCUACUUCAACGCAGCCCACGACGUCGGUUCCGUACGCGACUUCCCCAGGGCAGCGAAUCUCUACGCUCCACGCUCGGCAACGAACGACGGCAAAACGUCCUCUACGGAGCCAUCCGCUUCCCUUAAAGUCUAUUCGACAUUUUCAUCUAGUCCAAGCACGGCCCUAUUCACAUCGAAUGCUAAUUGCUCCUCGGAGGGAGUGUCCACCGUCAUCGCCGCCUCUAGUCAACAGCAACACAUCACGGAUGGCGUCCAUCUUUUAAGCACAGCGACCACCUGCCUCGCCAGUGGAUCGGCCAUGUCUCUUCCUUUUACAAGUGAACCUUGUCCCGGCAACACCGUCAAUAUCACGGCAUCGAUGGAAAGAUCUCCGACCGCACAAACGAAGACAUCAACACCAUGCGGUAAAUGCGCCGGCCCGGUUGCCACCGCCUAUCUAUGCAAUAUCUCCAAAUUCUCCAAUCGUUCCAUGACCUUGAGCUUCACUCAUCCGCCAGGGCCGCGCCAGACGAACUACCGCACGAUGAAUAUGGGGACGAAGGAUUCUAUCUGUUCGCUCUUGGGACGUGGAGUCAUUGGCUACAUUGUUUGGCUCAUAGUCAUGCUGUAG